AUGGCAUGCUUUACCCCACUCACCUGCCUCCCAAAAUUUGGUCACGCUGGUGCAGCUUUCGCCAGGAGAAGCACCUGGAAUCCUAGGCAAUUUGUGGCCGCUACUCCGAGACCUAUUCAUGCAAGUUCACAACAAGAUGCUUCGGCCGCCAAUGAUGCAACAAAACAAGGGGCAAAUGAAGCGAAGAAGAGCUGUGGGUCAUUCAGCGACAAGGCUUUCUCUACUGCAGAACAUGUAACGGAGAAAACGAAAGAUAUGGCUGGCACGGUGUCCGCAACGGCCCAAGAUGUGACCGAGAAGGCCAAGCAGACAGCACAAGAUGCAUGGGGCUCGGCCAAAGACACUGCCCAAAAGGCCAAAGACAGUGUGCUGGGAAAGGCUGAACAGUCAAAGGAAAGCAUCAAGGAAAAUGCUGACGCGGUUAAGCAAAGCAUGAACACCAAGAACUGA